ACUCCGCCCACUCGUGACGUCUGCGCAAAUAGGAAGAGGACAGCAUGAAGGCGGACUGGCUGUUGUUGUGUCUGUUUAGUCAAUGACAGGUCAAUGUUGAUCGCGUUUGAAUGGCAGAAUCAAACAGUUGGAGGUCUCACCGGGAGUCCGACGGGAACAGAUCGAUUCCGAACGGCGACGACGCGCGCAAUGUCCGGGAAACCGGAGUACAGACCGAUGCCAAAGUACAAGGUCAGGGACCUCGACUGUCCAAAGCCAACCUCUUCACACUGUUGAGCCUAUGGAUGGAGCUUUUCCCAAAGAGAGAAGUCUGUCAACAAGAAAACGAUGCAGCUGGAGUCAGUGGUCUUGUGGUGGUCCACGAGAGCAGGGUUUUGGGUCUGCAUUGCUCCAGUGCUCAGUUACACGCAGGACAGGUGGCUGUGGUCAAACAUGGACCCAGACUGAAAAACUGUGAGCUCUACUUCUCCCGAAAACCCUGUUCAACCUGCCUAAAGAUGCUCAUCAAUGCUGGAGUGAGCCGUAUCUCCUACUGGCCCGGUGAUGCUGAGCUCAGCCUGCUGUCUGAGAGCCUCCAUCACAGCAGCUCCUCGCCUCUUCAGGAAGCCAUUCUGGACGCCACCGCAGCAGAACGCCUGAAGUCCAACAGCAGACCUCACAUCAGCGUGCUCCUGCAGCCCCUGGACUGCACCGUCCUGCAGUUCCUGGACGAAACCUCACAAAACGCAGACUUUCUUGGAAAGAUCGCUGCAGACAAUCCGGAGCGGGACAUUGGAGAUAUCUACCGGAGGGAAUUUUGGAACAACUCGGACAACUUCUCAGAGAAGUUUUUCAUAAGCGACGAGGAGCGGCAUAAGUAUGUGCUGAACAAGAUGGGGCUGGAGAACUUUUGCAUGGAACCAAAUUUUAGCAACCUGAGGCAGCAUAUGAGGAAUCUGAUACGGAUCCUGGCGUCUGUGGCCUCUAGUGUUCCCGCUCUUCUAGAAGAUUAUGGUUUCUUCAUGAGGGAGCCUGUUGGGAUGCGUUCUCCAGCUUUACCUCAGGAUGUCAUACGACACUGUGUCAUACAGGCUCGCUUACUGGCGUGUAGAACAGAGGAUCCUAAAGUUGGAGUCGGUGCAGUUAUUUGGGCAGAGGGAAAUCAGUCACAAUGUGAUGGCACGGGCCAGCUUUAUCUAGUGGGCUGCGGAUACAACGCUUAUCCAGUGGGCUCACAGUACGCAGAGUAUCCUCAGAUGGACCACAAGCAGGAGGAAAGACAGAACCGGAAAUACAGAUACAUCCUUCACGCAGAGCAGAACGCGCUCACGUUUAGGAGCGCGGAGAUCAAAGCAGAGGAGAACACCAUGAUGUUUGUGACCAAGUGCCCGUGUGACGAGUGCGUCCCUCUGAUUGGCUGCGCUGGAAUAAAGCAGAUCUACACCACUGACCUGGACAGCAACAAAGUCAAACACGACAUCUCCUACCUCAGAUUCAACAAGCUCAACGGCGUCCAGAAGUUCAUCUGGCAGCAGAGAUCUUCCAUUAGAAACACUUCAGAACAAGAUGCUCUCCCUACAGCAAAUGGUUGCUUUAAACGAAGAGACGAGGAAAGCAGUUUUCAGUGCAAUAAAAGACUGCGAUCUUAGAUGAGAUUUUAAAAGCUGCUCUUCUGUCUGGAUGGCAGAAACGUUUUCAGAUAUACAGUAAUUAAUACUGUACAUCAAACUGUCCAAGACCCUGAUGAUGAAGAACAUUUGAACCUGCCAUCCUCAUAUGCUGCAUGAUCCAAAUCAGCAAAGUGUUUUACGUUUAGCGUGCUGUAAAUGCAUUUCAGAAACCAGAUUUGGUUUUUAUAAUUGCGCAUUAAUUGUCAAAUUGACAAGAUAACCAGAUUAUCAUGCGUUCGUGUGAAAUAUAUUUAUUCAAAAUGGAGAAUUUCAUUUACAGAGCACAAAUUUGCACUACUGUAUUUUUUGGCGGGAAAAAAAGGAGUCAGUAAUGCUGCUAAUGCUUCACUUGGACUUUAUUGAUACGGUACUUUUAGCAUUUCAGAUGGAAACUGCACCGGUGUUUGUAGUAGGAAAGAUUUUGACUUCAAAUUGUGAACACACAGUUUGGCAUUUUCAAAAGUAAAGGCUGACAGAUAUUCAAUAAAUGUGGCUCAGACGGAUUUUAGAGUUGAAAACAGUUGCCUUAAGAGAACAGAAAUGUGUUAUUCUUCGCUCUACAGGCGACAGAUUCAAACCUCAAACCAGAUUUCAUCCCGUACAAAACAUCAUAAAAAAAAAUCAACUGAAUCAAUCAACCAUACAGGAAAAAGAAUCAAAUUUAAUGAGUUUUCUUCAACAGCAUAACUCAAAUAUAGUGAGUUAAAGAGGUUCAUUGCUUAAUCAAGCUAAAUAUGCUCAAUCAGAACAUAUUCAAAACAAUAAAAACAAAUUAAGCUCCCCCUUCCAAUAUCUUCUCAAAUAAUAAUAAAAAGAACAAAAAGGCA